GUGUCAAGAAUCUGUUCAGCCUCCGAGCGCUACCCCAAAUUACUGGUAUUCCUACUUUAGAGUCGUAUUUCAGAAUAUACUAUGCUCUCUUGUUGGUGUCGUUGCUAGGUCGGUAAAACCUGACCAGUUAUGAGUAGUGAAGUAGAUUAGUAUUAUGUGGGAUUCCGAAACUGUUAUGCGUUUGUGUUUACCGUGCGCCACGAGCCUGCCGCGUGUUGGAUUGUGUCGACAUCAGUUGGAGCACUGUCCACGGUGCUGAAAGUCAAGAGUCUUACCCUCAGUGGCGAACAGAGGCAGUUGAGGCGUUCCCGGGUACAUGCAUAUGCAACUCAAAUCUUGAGAUGACGCGGAAAAGGCUGCACUUUGUAGCUGUAUGGGGAUUCUUCGCGUGGGAAAUAGCUGUGUUGCUAAGUCUGGUGGCGUCUAAAGAGCCAGAGAGUCCUCGGGGGAGAGCAGUGCAUCCUCCGUCACCCUCCGACUUCUUGGACAAACUCAUGGGGAGAACCUCUGGCUACGAUGCCAGGAUUAGACCCAACUUUAAAGGUCCUCCUGUGAACGUAUCAUGCAACAUAUUCAUCAACAGCUUUGGCUCCAUAGCUGAGACUACAAUGGACUACAGAGUGAACAUCUUCCUCCGUCAAAAGUGGAACGACCCCAGGUUAGCGUACACAGAGUACCCUGACGGUUCUCUGGACCUGGACCCCUCUAUGUUGGACUCUAUCUGGAAACCUGACUUGUUCUUCGCCAACGAGAAAGGGGCCCAUUUCCACGAAGUCACCACAGACAACAAGCUGUUAAGAAUAUUCAAGAAUGGCAACGUCCUCUAUUCUAUACGAUUGACAUUAACCCUCUCCUGUCCGAUGGACCUGAAGAACUUCCCCAUGGACGUGCAGACGUGUAUCAUGCAGCUCGAGAGCUUUGGCUACACAAUGAACGACCUGAUCUUUGAGUGGCAGGAGAAUGGACCAGUCCAGGUAGCUGAUGGGUUGACCCUCCCACAGUUCAUAAUGAAGGAUGAGACGGAUCUGAGAUACUGCACCAAGCACUAUAACACAGGGAAGUUCACGUGUAUUGAGGUGCGAUUCCACCUGGAGAGACAGAUGGGCUAUUACCUGAUCCAGAUGUACAUCCCCAGCCUCCUCAUCGUCAUCCUCUCCUGGGUUUCCUUCUGGAUCAACAUGGACGCCGCGCCCGCCAGGGUGGCGCUGGGCAUCACCACCGUGCUCACCAUGACCACCCAGAGCUCCGGUUCCAGAACGUCUCUCCCUAAGGUGUCCUAUGUAAAGGCCAUCGACAUCUGGAUGGCGGUGUGUCUGCUCUUCGUAUUCUCCGCUCUGCUCGAGUAUGCCGCCGUCAACUUUGUCUCCAGGCAACACAAGGAACUCUUAAGACUCCGCCCGCGGAGAACGAAGAAGAAGGACGACGACGUGAGGGAGAGCCGCCUCAGCUUCACCGCCACGACCGGCGGUGGCGGCGCGGCGGUCAAGGACGGCACCAUCCCCAAGGCCACCAACAACGCCGCCACCACCCCGGGCGCCACGGGACCCCAGCCCGCCCAGCAGCCCAAGAAGGACCCGGCCACCAAGAGCCACGAAGAGAUGAGAAAGCUGUUCAUCGACCGCGCCAAGAAGAUCGACACGGUAUCGCGGGCGGGUUUCCCACUGGCCUUCCUGUUUUUUAACAUUUUCUACUGGGUCCUGUACAAGAUUCUCCGGGCUGAGGAUGUGCACAAGGACUAGUACAGAACACUACAGUACAUUAGGGUUCAGUACAGUACAGUACAGUAGGGUACAUUACAGUACAGUAAAGUACAAUGACACAUGGGGAAAGUAGACCCCGGUCCCUCCUUACAAUGUGGGAACUGUUUCACAUUAACAUUUGGCAGUUCACCAACUACCUGGGGUUCCAAAACAAAGCCCAGCCAAGGUUUUAAAAAGAGGAUUAAGGAGAUGACUUAUACUCUGGAGAUGAACUGAGUAUUUACAGAGCAGAGUUAUGUCCGUAUCACCCAACAACAACAAGAGAGGACAGACAUCGUGCUCACUAUGCAACUGGAGACCAGUUUGGAGUAUCGGAGAGUCCCACUUCACCAUCCCACACAAUGUGCAGUCAGAACAGGAGCAAUGCUUUUAUUCACCUCUGCAACCCCUCUGUCACGAACACACACACACAUACACACACACACACACACACACACCCACACAAACACACACACCCACACAAACACACACACAAACACACACACACACCCACACAAACACACACACACACACACACACAUACACACACACAAAACACACACACACACACCCACACACACACACAAACACACACCCACACACACAUACACACAUACACACAUACACACACACACACACACCCACACAAACACACACACACACACACACACCCACACCCACACACACACACACAUACACAUACACACAUACACACACACACACACACACCCACACAAACACACACACACACCACACACACACACACACACACACACACACACACACACACACACACACACACACACACAUACACCCACACAAACACACACACACACACACACACACACACACACACACCCACACAAACACACACACAAACACACACACACACACACACACACACAUACACAUACACACACACAAACACACACACACACCCACACACACACACACACACACACACACACACACACACACACACACACACACACACACACACACACACACACACACACACACACA